AUGCCACGCCGGAUCGUGGUCGACGACGCCUCCCCCCGCAUCCAGUACGGCCCCGGGUGGGCCCCCGCAGACAUCGCUCCGCUCAACAAAAUGGGGAACUACGGCCCGGUGUUCCGCGGCACGACGCACCGCACCGCCGCCGACGGCGCGCAGCUGCGCUUCGCGUUCGCGGGCACCGGCGUGCGCGUCGCCGGGUCGAUCGACGUGAUAAAGCUUGCGAACGGGACACGUGACCCGACGUGGGCGUGCACCGUCGACGGGAAGGCAAUCGGGCAGCAGAACCCGACGUUUGGGUUCCCGGAGAACAACUGGGAGCUGUGUGCCAGUGCGCAGGGGGACCUGCCGCCUGGGGAGCAUACGCUCGAGGUCACGGUGCACACUGCCGGCCGGCCGUUCUAUCUGGAUGGCAUCACGUACCGCCCGGAAGAGGACGCGGACGGGCCCGGCGCGAUUGUGGAGUAUACGAAUACAGACGCGAAUGUCACGUUUUCGGGGGCGGGAUGGCGCCGCUGGGGCGCGCAGAACGUCACAAAUGCCAGCAGGGCCCAGGUCGCGCUGGAUUUCUACGGCACGGAGGUCACGAUGAUGGGCUUCAUCCCCAUCGAGCUCGCACACAGCGCCACAUCAGCGUCCUACGUCAUCGACGGCGCCGACCCGCGCCCCAUCACGCUCGCGGGCAUCGCGCCGGGCAUCACCGUCUCGCAAUGCAACGCCGUCAUCUUCUCCGCCGCCGGCCUCGCCCCCGCGCCGCACCGUCUCGUCCUCACCUACCACGGCGACGCGCAGCACACCCCGCUCCCCGUCGGCGUGUUCCACGUCAACGCCGGAUCCCCCGCCGGCGGGCCCGCUCCCAGUUUCACUAACACUGCCACCGGCAGCACUCCCAGCCCACUGGCAACAUCCACCUCCGCCUCCCCGGGCCGCCACGCGCCGAACCACACUGCGCUUAUCGUCGGGCUCGUCCUCGGCGGCCUCGCCAUCCUCGCCAUCAUGAUCAUCACCGGAACCGCUCUCUGCCUGCGCCGCCGCCGCGCCGAACUCCGCGCGCUGGAUCCUGAUCCGUUCGCCAGCGACUCGGACCGCGAGCGGUGGCCCGUGGAAAAGCAGCACACGAAGCCCCAGGCUGCGCUUCCUCUGGGCCCUCCGAUAGAGCCCGCAUCACGCGGCCGGCGCCACGCGCCACGGCCCGGGCCGAAGGCACCGCCGAGGGCCUGGGGGCGGCUUCAUCAGGACAGCGGCGGGCGACUCGGAUAUGGCGGACCGCGGCCGGUCGGGCCACGGGACUCGGAUGUCCCGCCCAUGUACACGCGGCACUGGAGUCCCCUCCUGAUCGCCAACUCUGCUGACUGGCACAAGUAG